AUGGAAACAGGUGGUGACUGGGCGCAGGAAAAAAGUGGCGCGCUACCAACCAUCAAACUGCCACAAAGAGUGGAGCCUGGCAAGCACUUCGCAAACGGUGUUCUCGUACUCACUGCACAGCCCACGAAGCGACGUGGACAAACUGGUGCAAGAGUUUCAGGCCUCGUCAGCCCCCGGCCAACCGAGAGCCGCCGCGACGCAGUCGAAACAUGGGUUACGAUGCAUUAA